AUGUCGAAAGCAUUCAACCCCGAGGAGGCGGAGAACCUCGAAGAUAUGGAGAAGCAAUUCGCUGUCAAAGCGGUUGAACAUCUCAUGACAUAUUGGGCCAUUUUGGAAAAGGUCAAGGGUUCGCAGCUCCGCUUGACCAAGCAAGACAACGAGAUCUACGAGUCUUUUAAGGAGGCAUUCCCCGAUUUCGACCCCGCCGCAACUCUUUCCGAGGAUGAGAUGAAGAGCAAGGCCGGCAAGGAGAAGUGGCGGAAUUGGAUGAUGCAGUGGGAGAAGGUCGAGGACUUCAAUUUCGGCACAAUCAUUCGCACCCGCGCGGACGCCGAGUAUGACCAGGACACCACCAUCUUCGGCGUGCGCAUGCAGUUCUACGCUAUUGAGAUUGCCAGAAACCGCGCUGGUCUGAACGAUUGGAUUUACGAGAAGGCCCAGAAGGCCAGCUCUUGA